UCGCUCAAAACGCUGGGUUUGCAGGUUGCAAGUGUAAACUGAAUCACACGUCUGAUACCUCCCGUCUUAGUAGUGAGAUCGUCCCUCACCUUGUUGGAGACUGCGUAACUAAGCGUUUUAUUGAAGGAAAUCAGACGCAUGUGUGACCGGAUGCGCACCCUUCCCUUCCUACUCUCGAUCGGGGCUGGUGCGUCUUCCUUCCGGCUUUCCGAAGAAAGUUGAGGGAGGUUCAGCGGCAACUGGGCUUUUACAUAAUGGACAGCCAGGGAAGGAAAGUGGUGGUCUGUGACAAUGGGACCGGGUUUGUCAAGUGCGGCUAUGCAGGCUCCAACUUCCCAGAGCACAUCUUCCCUGCGCUUGUUGGGAGACCCAUCAUUCGCUCAACAGCCAAAGUGGGAAACAUUGAGAUUAAGGAUUUGAUGGUGGGGGAUGAGGCCAGCGAGCUGCGCUCUAUGCUGGAAGUCAACUACCCCAUGGAGAACGGCAUCGUCAGGAACUGGGACGACAUGAAGCACCUGUGGGACUACACCUUCGGCCCAGAAAAGCUCAACAUCGAGUCCAGCAACUGCAAGAUUCUGUUGACAGAACCGCCCAUGAAUCCCACUAAGAACCGCGAGAAAAUCAUCGAGGUGAUGUUUGAGACUUACAAGUUUUCGGGGGUCUACAUUGCAAUUCAAGCUGUUCUGACCCUGUAUGCUCAAGGCCUUCUGACUGGUGUGGUGGUCGACUCUGGGGACGGUGUGACACACAUCUGUCCAGUGUAUGAGGGCUUCAGCCUGCCCCACCUGACGAGACGCCUGGACAUCGCAGGCAGGGACAUCACCCGCUACCUCAUCAAGUUGUUGUUGCUGAGGGGCUACGCCUUUAACCACUCUGCUGACUUUGAGACCGUGCGCAUGAUGAAGGAGAAGCUUUGCUAUGUGGGGUACAACAUCGAGCAGGAGCAGAAGCUGGCGCUGGAAACCACUGUGCUGGUGGAAUCCUACACGCUGCCAGAUGGUCGUGUGAUCAAGGUGGGAGGAGAGCGGUUUGAGGCCCCUGAGGCUCUGUUCCAGCCCCACCUCAUCAAUGUGGAGGGUGUUGGAGUGGCCGAGCUCCUCUUCAACACAAUCCAGGCAGCCGACAUAGAUACCAGGCCUGAGUUCUACAAACACAUCGUGCUCUCAGGAGGAUCCACCAUGUACCCAGGCCUGCCGUCUCGGCUAGAGAGGGAACUCAAGCAGCUGUACCUGGAGCGCGUGCUCAAGGGAGACGUGGACAAGCUCUCGAAAUUUAAGAUCCGGAUUGAGGAUCCUCCUAGACGAAAGCACAUGGUGUUCCUGGGCGGAGCCGUGCUGGCCGACAUCAUGAAGGACAAGGACAACUUCUGGCUGACCCGCGAGGAGUACCAGGAGAAAGGAGUCCGUGUGCUGGAAAAACUUGGAGUCACCGUCAGAUAAAGUACUGAACGGACAGGCCACGCAGACACGCAUCCAGUCCCACACACACACACACACACACACACACACACACACCACAUACAUGUCACACACACACACACACGUUCGUCACACAUACACACUUCCUCUUUCGCCCUUUUCGCAGAGUAUAUAUCUAUUUAUCCCUCCUCUUCUUCUCUCCUCUGGCUCUUGAUACUCCUCUAACACCAGAGAGGAUCGAGUCGUCACCUCCCUGCUCUCCUCCUCCCUCCUCCCUCCACUUUGCUUCUCUUCUCUCCUGGUUUGGGGUUGGCUCACACUCUUCCUCACAAGCCUUGAUUUCCACACAAACUCCUUUUUUACUUUAAUUAGUAGAAGGGUUAACGUUGCCCUGCUGGUGUAUUUUCAUAUCUGAUGUCGGUCAAAUGCUGAUGAAGGUUAAAACCAGUGUGAAAACCCAGCUGCUGCUGCAGUGAGUGUUUGCUUCCCUCUUGAUUUCAUGUUGAGGGAGGUAAAAAAAAUCGAUGCAAAGUUUCUAAGCAGCUCAUCAAGCGUCAGUAGAAUCACUAUCAGGUCCACCACAAACAGCCACGGCCCGUUUUUAGCAUCUGUUCCAGGUGAGCGAGAACUGAUCACAUUUUUAUGUCGGGUUUUAUAAAUGAUAUCAUGGCUUUUUUUUCUGGGAGAGGGACUUUUGCUUUUCUUUUUGUUGGAUGUAUGAGUUCAUUUUGUAUCGUUUUAAAUUUGGAUUUUCUUUUGUUGCUGUGCACUGCUACCAUUGUACUACGGCAUACUGUGGUGAAGUCCCUCUGUUUUAUUUUUUAAGAAUUGACGGUUGAAAAGGGACACAUGCAGAAUAAAUCCCUGAGCUUGACAUCGGGUGUGUGACGGUACUUGGGGGAUCGUAGUUGGUGAGAAGUGUUAAUAUUUUGUUCCUCAUCGAACGCCUCUGCCUUCGCUCUGGGUGCGAAUCCUGAGCGGAGCCGCGCGGGUUCGAGCAGCGGUAGCACCGUUAGACUGCGACGACGCUGUAGCACCUCGUCUGCCGCGUUCCUUCGCAUCCAGUGAGGCAGCGACAGGUUGACGAUGAGGCAAAAACCUGGGGAACUAAAAACGGUAUUUUAUCGACGCUAAAAUGCUGAUGAGACCAUAACGUUUAAUGGAGGCACUUCUAUUUUGAUUAUGGCAAACGUGUAUAUUAUGUUUCCUUUCCAUGAACGUCUAUCCAGUGCCAAGUGCAGUUAAUGUUGACUGGAUUUCUUAAGUUUUUGUCUUUCUUUUUGUCACCUUUUUUAUUUUCCUGUAUUGUUCAUAGCAUAACUGCCUAACUCUGAUUUAAAUAAAUAAAAGUGAUUUAUAAGGAUAA